AUGGCGGCAGAUUCAACUAACCCGUUGCCGGACCCAACGGUCUCCUUAAAUUGGAAUGGAUUCAAAGGAGCCAUCCAUGAAAUAUUUGCCCGCAAUGCGACCGAACAUCCCGACCGACUCUGCGUCCUCGAGACUAAAGGCCAACGAAGUCCCGAGCGCCGUUUCACAUAUAAGCAGAUUAAUGAAAGCUCCAACCAGCUCGCGCAUUUCUUGCUGGCGAAUGGCUGCGAGCGCGGAGAUGUAGUGAUGAUCUAUGCAUACCGAGGCGUGGAUCUCGUCGUUGCUUACAUGGGUGCUCUCAAGGCAGGUGCAACUGUGAGCGUGCUCGACCCCCAAUACCCCCAUGAGCGCCAGAAGGUCUUGCUUGAGGUGGCCAACCCCCGAUUCCUUGUCCAUAUCGAGCGAGCUGCCGAGGAUGCUGGUCCGAUUGCCGAAACCGUGUCUGAGUUCAUCGCCUCCUCAUUAAGCAUCAAGGCUCACAUUCCUGCGCUGAGGCUUCAAGAUGACGGCGAGAUCCUUGGUGGACUCCACCAGGGCCAGGAUGUCCUUCAGCCCUAUGAGCACCUCAAAGAGCAAUUGCCCGAUGUACUGAUUGGUCCUGACUCGGCUCCUACUCUCAGCUUCACUAGUGGCUCCGAAGGGAAGCCUAAGGGUGUCCAAGGCCGGCACUUCUCCUUGACAUACUACACUCCAUGGAUGCAAGAACGAUUUGGUCUUUCGAAGGAUGAUAAAUUCACCAUGCUCUCCGGUAUUGCGCAUGACCCAAUUCAACGCGAUAUUUUCACCCCAUUGUUCCUCGGUGCUCAGAUUGUUGUGCCACACCGCGAUAGUAUCGCCCACGAGCUUCUCGCUGAAUGGAUGAAGGAGUAUCGCGUGACUGUCACUCAUCUUACACCCGCUAUGGGCCAAAUCCUGGUUGGUGGUGCUACAGCACAGUUCCCGUCCUUGCAUCACGUCUUCUUCGUGGGAGAUCUCUUGACAAAGAAGGAUUGCCGAAAGCUUCAAGGAUUAGCUCCAAAUGCCUCAAUCAUCAACAUGUACGGCACAACCGAGACUUCUCGUGCCGUGUCGUACUUCGAAAUCCCAAGCAAGAACCAGCAGCCUGCCUACCUUGACGAAUGCCCUGAUAUUAUUCCAGUUGGCCAGGGUAUGCUUGAUGUACAACUUCUGGUCGUGGAUCGCAAUGACAAAUCCCGGGUUUGUGAUGUUGGAGAACAAGGCGAGCUGUUCCUCCGAGCAGGAGGUCUCGCAGAAGGAUACAUCGGAGAUGAUGAGCGCACGCGGGAGCUAAACCAAGAAAAGUUCCUCACCAACUGGUUUGUUGACCCUUCCGUAUGGACUAGCGAGUAUGAACGCAUGGCUUCAGAGGAACCGAAGCCAUGGAUGCAACUAUACAAGGGACCCAGGGACAGGAUUUACCGAACUGGUGACCUUGGCCGAUUCCGCGCCGAUGGUGUCGUGGAGUGUACUGGACGUGUCGACAACCAAGUAAAGAUUCGCGGCUUCCGAAUCGAAUUGGGCGAAAUCGACACCCAUCUGUCGCACCACCCUUUCAUUCGCGAGAAUGUUACUCUGGUCCGACGAGACAAGGAUGAGGAGCCGACAUUGGUCAGCUACAUUGUUCCUGAGGCCAAGCGGUGGUUUGAGCAGCUUGCUCAAGAUGGGGCCCUUCCAGCUGAGGCGGAGACUUCUUCAGAAGAUGAAUCAUUGGUUUCCAUGCUGAAGAAAUUCCGCUCGUUAUCCGAUGACUGCAAGAAUUUUCUAAAGGCCAAGGUUGCUCACUAUGCGGUGCCGACGAUGUUCAUCCCCCUUGCUCGUAUGCCUUUGAACCCCAACGGCAAGAUCGACAAGCCUGCCCUCCCCUUCCCAGUACCAGCGAUCUCGCUCUCUUGA